UGCAAUUUGUCAAUUAGGAAUAUGAAAUGUGAAAACAUGCGGAAACAUAUGUGAUCCUUCCUGUCGACCUUGGGACUAUUUAAUUAAAAUUUAAUACUUCAAUGAUAAAUCGAAACAAAAUUUUAACUGAUGUUUUCCUCGAAAUUCAGUCGGGUUCAAGAUGGCGCUGGGACAUUGCAAUGUAGUGUUGGUGUUCAUGAUCUUCGAAUCAAGUCGAGCUGCUGUAUCACUGAUGCGGGGUACCUCAUGGACGCUCGACUCUGGUACAAGAGCUGCCGCCAACUGCUCUUCACGUCGAUGUCAAUCAUGUCACGUGACCUGGAAAAAAGAUGGGGACCCCACUUUCCAUCUGGCAAAUGAAACACUGUUUCUAAAUCCAGUUAGAAAGACCGACCGCGGGAAUUACACAUGUACCGUAGAAGACAGUAAAGGUGGUCAGUGGAACAAUGGAACGUUGGAAAUCUUGGUUAACUAUCCCACUGAAAAUAUAUCUCUGUCAGUCAACACCCCUCCCUACUCAAAGUCUCAUUACAAAACCAGGGAAGGUGCCAACGUUAGUCUGUCAUGCUCUGUAGACGGAUUCCCCCCUCCACUCGUCAAGUGGCACAAAGAUGGCGGCGCUGUUAAAACUGUUAACCUCACCCAGAAGUAUGGUCUUCAUCAACACCCCGGGAAGAGUUUCCUGACUUCCUAUGACGUGACUGACGCCGGAUGUGAAGAUGAAGGUACAUACGUCUGCCAGGCUGGCAACGGCGUCAUGGAUACUGCACCAAUCGAGAAAUACAUCAUGUUAGAAGUUGAAUGUGCACCUAAAGUGCAGGAUGCAGCCAGACAGACACGGACCUGGUCGGUACAGAGAGGUGGCACUGUGUUGGUCAGCUUCACGGUGCUGUCCAACCCUUUGUCCAGUGUUAUAGCCUGGUGGCGGACUGGAGAAGACACAAGCAGGGAGAUUCUGAACGAGGGUGAUGCUGAUCACAGCUUGAAUGAAACAGCCCUGGGUGGAAACGCUCGAUACAUUGCAAUAAGUCAUUAUAAUGUGACCGAGACUGGACUUUACGGAGUCACACUGGCCAACGGUCAUGAACCUAACCUUACUGUGACCUACACAAUACGUGUCGACAAGACCGUUUUAACUAACCAAUCUGAAACAGGUUCGGAGGUGGAGGAUUGUGCAGGCGCAGUAUGUAUGUACAAGUCCUACAUCGUCGGUGGAUGCGUAGCGCUGGCAGCUGGUGUCAUUGCUGUCGUUGUCAUCAUCGCGGUUAAGUGUUACCGACGGACAGACCGUGCAGGGGAUCCCGUGCAAGAUCAUAGCUUAUUCCGUGUUCUGGAUGACAUUUUCCCGCCGAUGUCGCCCCCUGUUGCCGGGAACAGGAUCUACUGGAACUACCCAUGCAACUCCAUCAACAGCAGCAUCCCUCGUGAAACACACGUAUGACAUGGAUGUGACAUGUAUCCAACACUGGUGUGACAUGGAUGUGACAUGUAUCCAAAACUCGUGUGACAGAUGUGACAUGUAUCAAAAACUCGUGUGACAUGGAUGUGACAUGUAUCCAACACUGGUGUGACAUGGAUGUGACAUGUAUCCAACACUGG